ACAUGUAAAAUGAAAAGGCAUUAUUCCUCCACUAAAAGAAUAGAAAAAGAAAGCUGUUCGAGAGAAAACAAAAUAAAUAGCAUAAAAGCUUUGUCGCUCCCCAGAGAGCUAUUUAGAAAACCCUCCUCCAUUGAUCUCAGGCGACAUCAAAGAGUUAUGGAGAGGAGAAACAUGCCGUUGAGCAAUCCGCACCAUUCCACCGCCGAUCUUCUCUCUUGGACAGAGAUCCGUCUUCCUGACAAAUCCUCCGCCGCUAACCGCUCUAACCAGACGUCCGACGACAUCAGCGAGGUCCUUGGCGGCGGCUGUCAAAUCACCAGCGAGGAAGCCGAAUCCCUGAACAAAAAGAAGAAGUGUUGUGGGCACAAGCUUAAAGAAAUGACUGGUAGUGACUUAUUCUCUGAUAACGGCAAAGACGAAGCAAGCCACAAGACAAUAAACCAUUACCAUCACGAUCAGGAUAGCCAGAUAUCUUUCAGCGGCGGCCAAGAGAAGGCGACUCCUAGGAGCAAGAAGAAGCAGGUAUCGAGUUCCAAAGCCAAAGCAAUCAGUGGUCACGACAUCAAGAUCAGGUCUGUGUUGCAGGAAGAAGGUAAAGGAAACAAGAACAUGGCGCCGAGGAGCUCUAGUGGGCAAAGCAGCGAAGAACAUGUUGUCAAGUCGUCAUCAAGGAAGAUACACAACCCGAGGGUUCAGCAACUCACUAGCAAUGGUGUCUUCAAAUCUGAUAAAGUCCCUCCUGGUUAUUCAGAGAAGAUGCAUAGCUCAGCUAAACUCAGGGAGAUGAGCGGACACGAUGUAUUCGCUGACGGCAAGUCGGAGUAUCGGGAUUACUAUGGUGGCGCCAGGAGGCCUCCCGGUGGCGAGAGCACCAUUUCGUUGGUCUAAAAAAUCAGACUCCAUUUUCUUUUUUGGCUCAAGCGUAAAUCUCAGGGUUUGUUCUUUCUUAGGAUCUUGUGUUCGUGUUCGUGUCCGUGUGUGUGUUUUUUUUUGUUUGUCUAUGGUUCGUCUAGCUCAUAAUAUAUAUAAACACUUGGGACUCUUGUCUUCUCUUCUCUCUCCGUUAUUGAUUGACCAAAAAUAUGGAAAAAU